AGUUGCUCGCGGACGACAUUUACUCUGCACUGUUCAAUUGCAUGGGUGACCUUCUUCCGUUCCAGCUAGCUAACUACUGUCUAUGAUCUACAGAAGUGUGUAUUUUUAACGAUGAGAGCGACAGAUUAUAAUUGUGCCUAGGGAGACAUGUUGUCUAGUGUGCUGAGAAGAUGCAUUUUGUCUGGCAGCAAGCCUUUGCAGCUUGUAUCCAGACUAUCCGCUUGUCCAGAUAGACCGCCAUGUAUCAGAGGAAAGGUUCCGAGCUGCGGGUCAAUUUGCAGAGGCCCAGAGCCUCUCAGGUCGAACUCAGGUGCUCUCCUCGGGAUGCAGUCUUUCCACAGUUCAGCUUGGAGGCAUAAGAAAAAGCAACCUGAGGAGCCUCCUCCUCGGGAGCUGGACCUGCUGCGGUAUGACAUGAAGGCCUUAAAACUGGCGCCCAAACCUGCAUUAUAUCUUGGACUAUCUGGUCUCAUACCGUUUGUGGCUGCACCACUUGUCAUGAGCGUUACAGAGCUCUACAUGCCUGAGAUAGCAUUUGCACAAGUUGCAUAUGGAGCCUCUAUUGUGUCCUUCUUGGGUGGUGUACGAUGGGGUUUUGCUAUUCCUGAGGGUAGUCCAGCCAAACCUGAUUGGCUGAACCUGGCAAACAGUGUUGUUCCCUCUUUGAUAGCCUGGGUAGCUUUACUCUUCAGCAAGGAUUAUUUUACACAAUCAGCUUUAACUGUGAUGAUUGGACUAGGAGUUGCUCUGCACUAUGAUCUCGCUCUGCUUCCCACCUACCCUAGCUGGUUUAAAGCUAUGAGAGCCCUGCUCACAUUUGUCGCCUUUUUUUCUCUGUUGUCAACUAUCGUGAUGAAAGGAGUGUUCCCAGAAAAGAAGUUUCUUACAGAAAAGUGAUGUGCUGUUAUUGGAUAUGGAAUUUAUUAUUUAAAAUGGAAUAAAGACAAAACAAAAGUCUA